AUGGGGAGCGUAUACUGCCUUUUCUGCGCCUGCAUCGACCAGGCGAGCGUCGGGAUUGUGGAGAAGUGGGGCCGCUUCCAGUUCCUCGCCUCGCCGGGGCUCCACUUCUUCAACCCCUUCCUCGGUGAGUGCCUCUCUGGCGUCCUGUCCACGCGAAUCUCCUCCCUCGAUGUCCGCGUGGAGACCAAGACGAAGGUAAGAACAAUCGCGAGGUUUCACCCUUCUAAUUGUUCUUCCUUUCGUGUUAAUUCUGGUCUUUCUCCAGAUUUCUGAGGGAUGGAUCGCCGUGACAUUUUCCAAGACCUUGCACUUUUUUGGUCUCCUCCUGAUCUCACGUCGCGAUGUGCUUUAUGAGAUCGCAGUGGCCUUUCCUAGGCUGAUUUAGUGUUCUUUGGUGAUCCUUCUGACAAUGAACCUGCCUUCUUCUGUGGCUUGUUACGCUAAAUUUCCGCUUAUUUAAUUUUAUGUAUUAUUCAAUCCUGAUUCUCGUGAAGGAAACAUAAGUAGUGACGAUGUUUCAGGAGAUCCUCUUCCACUUGGAUUAGUAUCCUUGCUCUUUCUUCGGAUUAUAAUUAUAUGGUGUCCCUAACAAUAUUUGGGGUAUCGCCGUGGAUUAUAUUUCUAUGCUGAUAUAUCCAGAAGCAUUCAUUUGAUAGAAUUGUAUAAAGUGACAAUCAUAUUGUGCCUACUAAACCCGUUGAAGCUGCUCCUCGAUAAUUUCCUUUUAUUUUUCUUUUGAAGGAUGAUGUUUUUGUGCAACUACUCUGUUCAAUUCAAUACCGGAUUGUUAAAGAAAAUGCUGACGAUGCAUUUUAUGAGCUACAAAAUCCUAAAGAGCAGAUUCAGGCCUACGUUUUUGAUGGUAGUAUAUCUGAUGCCUACUGUUUCUUUCGGUUCCAUGAUCUCACGAAGGCUUCCUAUGACCCCAUUAUGUUGUCUUAUUGUCCAGUUGUCCGUGCUCAUGUGCCCGGGAUGACUCUUGACAAAUUGUUUGAACAGAAGAGUGAUGUCGCGAAAGUUGUUUUGGAGGAACUUGAAAAGGUAAUGAAAUAAUGAAGUUGGAUUAGCAUAUACUGUAUUAUUUUUGUCUUUUCUUCUCGGUCAUCGUUUUCGCGAGCUCUAAUUUCCAGGUCUUUGUAAUGAAUAGAUACUUCCCUCGAGCUUAUUUUCAAGUCAGACCACUCUUCCACAGGACAUCAGUGUCCCCAAACGCUGCAUAAUCUGUGUCUUCCCAUAUUUAUCUAAUUAUAGGUUUUUUUAUUUGCAUCGAAUUUUCAAGACGAAUUUUAAGCGUUAUAUGAAUCUGGAAUGGUGCAUAAUAAAGAUGUUUCAAAAAAGAGAUAUUCAUUCAUUUAUGUUUAGCUUAGUUAUGCUUAUUGAACAUACUUGAACAAGAGGAUAGCCCACUAGAUUUUGGCAGAUGAAUAUUGUCACCCAAUUGAAAUCUUCAUCUUUGCUUUCGAAGCUAAAAAUCUGGCUGCUGAUACAUUGCAAAUUAUUUUCUAUAGACGUAUGCUGCGACUUUUAGGGCCAUUAUUGCCAUGUAAUUUUGGUGUAGAUCUGAGUUAUCGUUGUAUUCCUUUCUCAAGAAAACCUCUUCUUGCUUCUUAGGUGACAAAAAAUUAGCUUGGACUCUAUCAUAAUCCUGUUUCUUAUAGUAAAUUGUAUCAAUGUUUUACUUAAACUCAAUUAGAAGUUACCUCCUCUCCUGCCACUCGAAAUAUUGCUCAUACAUGCUUUGCUAUAUCGUUGGUGCAACUGAUCUCCCUGGUUUCUUGCUUCUGACACGUUUUCACCAAAAUAUUAUCUCAUUCUUUGUUUUUUCUCUCAAUGUUUAGACUUUUUUUUGGCACAAUAACACAAAACAAGCAUCACCUUACUUCAAAAUGCUCGACAAAAGAUCUAUCUUUUUUUAAGGCACGGAGAAUUUGUGUUACUCAUUGAUCUAGUUGGAACAUCACUGACACCGUCGUCUCUUUCAUCCUUGCAAAACUGCGGACCAGGUGAUGGGAGCAUAUGGAUAUAGCAUUGAACAGAUCUUAAUGGUCGAUAUUGUACCAGAUCCAUCAGUGCGGAGAGCUAUGAACGAGAUUAAUGCAGGUGCCCGCCUCCAUUUCAUCAUCGAUCUUCGUGGAACAUUUUUUUUUAGUUUGAUUGCCAUUUAGUAUGUUAGCAAGUAGAUGCCGUAGCAUUUAUGAGUUCUGCAGUGUUUGUGCGUUUCCCGAUGGGUACAGAUUUUACCUUGAAAGAAGUGUAAUUGUUUUGCCAUAUAUUUUCCCCCUGGAAGUUCAUUAAAGAGAUGUUUGGAAGUUCACACAUUUAGUUUAAUCGCAAUCUAAUUUCUCCACUUUACCGUAUUAAUCAUUCAACGGGCAGCCUCCAUCCGAGAUUAUAAAAGUAGUCCAUACGUGAAUCCCCUGUGAACCAGUCGAAGGCCCCUAUCUUCUCCAAUCUUCCUGGCAAUAGUAACACCAAACACUACGUAUUCUCUGCUAUACAGCCCAGAGACUUCGGCAGGCAAGCAUCUUCAAAGGGGAAGCGGAGAAGAUCCUCAUGGUGAAGAGGGCCGAGGCCGAGGCCGAGGCCAAAUACCUCGGCGGCAUUGGCGUGGCGAGGCAGCGGCAGGCGAUCACCGACGGCUUGAGGGACAACAUCCUCAACUUCUCCCACACGGUCUCGGGCACCAGCGCCAAGGAGGUGAUGGACCUGAUAAUGGUGACCCAGUACUUCGACACCAUCAAGGACCUCGGGGACUCCUCCAAGAACACCACCAUCUUCAUCCCCCACGGGCCCGGCCAUGUGAGGGACAUCACGGACCAGAUACGCAACGGCAUGAUGGAAGCUUCCUGCUCCAAUGUCAACCCUGCCCCAUCCGACUGA